CAAAAGGCCUUUCGCAAAGCGCCACAAAAAAUACCGCAGCGAAAAUAUAGCACGAAACAGAGCGAACAAAAAUCACUCACACAACCAACGAAGUAUAACGAUGGUGCUAGAAACCGCCUCAGCAUUUAUGCACUGCCGGCAAACGAAAAACGUACGCCGCAGAAGAAGGACGAACAAAUUUCACUCUGUUCGUUUCCUAAUCCGCAGUAGCGCGGCAAGUGAUUUUGUGGUUUUUUUUCACGAGCACCAGCCGUCAGGGAAUCAGUUCGGACUGGAUUCACGGAGACCGGAUUUAGUCCACCAGGCCUCAGAAGCGCAUUCAAACGACGCUGUCUAAACUGGCUUGCUUCGAGUGGCACGAGACGACGAAAGUGCACGUGAACCACGCCAGGCUGGAAGCAACCAGAAAGAAUCCGACAGAGGCAGAUCGACUGGCGUUCCGCAAUUACAGUGAGAGUGAAGACCCCUUCUUGAAGGGUGAGUAAGCAAAAAGAAAACGCAACGCGGAAGACUAACGGCAUGUGCCCGAUAGGGUCUUUUUUCUCCCAUUGCUUUCUAGCAUUCGGCAGUUCGUAGGACGGUCAAGGUCACAGAGCCAAAAGUUCGACGAAGGCGAGUUGGUGUUAAAAACGGAGGCUGGCUGGACUUCUGCUCGUGAACAAGGCGCAUAAUUGGAGUGCGGACGGAUGGAAAAGGAAGCAUAAAGGCUGCUAGUCGGCGAGAACGACGUACAGAAACGCCAACGUCGUACCGGAACGCGAACGACGCGCAGGAGCGUGGGCAAUAGGAAAAUGGCGGAAUAGUGAGUAGUAAAAUGUAAGAAGAGUGCAGUAGGAAGAAGAGAAAAGGCAUGAGAAGAGGUUAGGGUGUAAGCAUGGUGGAAGAGAGGAAGUAAGAAGAAAGAAGCCAUGGUAGAGGCAUAGUGGAUAGGAGCAAUCAAAGAGAAAGGAAUAAGAAGAGGAAAAGUGAACAUGGGUACAAUAUAUGUUUAUUGAUUUGAGUAACACACAUUCUUUUGAUUUGAGUUGGUGCAUUUUGUCCUUAGUGUUUGCGUUUGUAUUCGCUUUUGGUAGUUCUGCUCUACCCGCUGAAGGACCUACGCAACACUGGCGCCCAACUAAAAAUCCACAAAAUUUGUACUACCGUUAGCGAAAUUUUUAGUUUAGAUUUAUUAAUUUGGUUUUGUGCUUGAUUAUCCUAGGAAGGAUAUUUUAAAUUUAACCUUUACGCAUAAAUUCGAGAUGGAUUACACACAUCUAACGAAUGAAGAAAUAGACUAUGAGUUGGCACUACGUCAUGUAGUCAACUUAGGUCGCACCUCACACCGAGGAAAGGUGAUUCGCCUUAAGGCACUCACACAACAAGAGUCCUUAAGCGACAUCAUGCCUACUAGCUCUGAACAUGUCAUGAGUGCACAGGCCAACAUUGAGGUCUGCCAAGCACAGCUGGAUACACUGCACAUUCAGGUGGAUGCGGCAAUCCGCUCAGUCAAUACCGCGGAUAUGUACGAACUUCGAUCGCGACUUGUACACUAUCAAAAUCGUUUGCGUUUGAUAAAUCCCCCGGUUGAACUUUCUGAUAUUCUCGCAGGGCUAAUGGUACACGUGAAUGAUUUAUUGAAAAAUGUGAUGGGAGUGUUACCAAACAUAGUGCACAGUGAGCAAAGAGAAGAGGAUGCUGAACAACCACCGAUUGGAACGGGAGCCGUACGGAGGACCCCGAGAUCGGAAGAAGGAGCUGUAGGAGGAGUCGACAGUUCUGCGAUUUCUCAACCAGGACCAUACGACCACACACCGCAAUUACAGUUUCCUCCGCGAGUUUCAUCGGACUCUGGCAGGCGAGGGCGAGAACGAGUCUCUUCAGUUUUUGGUUCACCGGAGAUACAGCGUACCACAAGAAAUGAAAACCGUACACCACCACCACCAUACGAGGCUAAUGGACAACAGGCCAGAUUGCGAAGAUUGAGGGAAGUUCAAGAAAACGAAGCACGUGCCAGACAGUUGCAGGUGCAGGAAGCGCGAGAUAGAGAAUAUCAAGCAAGGGAAGAUUACCACAGACUUCGUGAUGAGCUCUUGGAUCGUUUGCUGCGCCAAGAAAGGCCACCACCAGCACGAGCGGAUGAAAGGAGGAUGUUGAAAGCUAUACAUAACUGGCCCUUUAAAUUUCGUGGGGAAAAAGAUACCACCUCACUCAACGUUUUUUUGGACCGAGUGGAAACGUUCGCCAGGUCGGAGGGCAUGAACGAGGACACAUUGUUGAGCAGUGUCAAACAUCUGCUACACGAAGAUGCCCUUGAUUGGUACGCUCGAGCGACAUCACGAAAUCUGCUACGGUCAUGGGAUGCUUUCAAGCGAGAAAUUCGAAAAGAAUUUCUACCAAGUGGAUAUUCUCAGAUUCUUCGUUUGGAGGCCAGCUUUCGAUUCCAGGGAGUCAGUGAAUCGUUUUCCAAAUACUAUCGGGACAUAUCGGCACUUUUCCGAUUUGUUGAGGCGCCUAUUCCCGAAGAAGAAAAGUUCUUCACAGUCAAGAAAAACAUGACAGCGGACUAUGCAGCGAUUGUGACAGCAGCAAGACCCCAAUCGCUUGAGGAGAUGGUGGAGAUAUGUACAAGCUACGACGAGACCAGAAUGCUCCUGAAUAGACAGCGUCGGGUACCAAUUCCUCACAGUGCGCUACUGGAACCGAACUUUGCAACACCAGUAUCCACAACCAAACUACUGCCGGGGCCACAGCAACCACCGCAUCGCUUCAGUAGGAUACACGCAGUAGAAAUGGAACUAGCUGAUGGAGAGUUGGGACCGCAACAAUUCGUCUCGGAAGCACACGAAAGGUCAACGGAACAGGACGAGGAAGACGGGCGAUACGACAUGGAUGAGCUACUCGAGCAAGUUAACGCACUCAAGAUGACUCUGGAGAGAAAGGGUGCCAGAACUAACUCUAUAAUACAGAAUCGUCCACAUCAACAGUGGGCGAACAGUUUCAACCGAUCGGGAACGCAGCAGAUACGUGAAGAAUUCAGGAAUCGACCAGCACUGAUGCAGCAACCACGGCAGCAAAACGUGAUAAAACGAAUUCAACAGUCGGAUCAGCAACAAGGUUGGCAUCGACAGCAAUUCGAUUCCCAACCAACGGACGAACAAAAUACAGACAACCGAAGAAGCGAUUGGCAACAGCAAAAUCGGUAUCAGCGACCGGAGCGGCCAAACGAACAGAAACCUGAAUUACCGAAUCAUCAACGGAUUGUAAUCACUUGCUGGAACUGCGACGAAGACGGACACAGAUUUAUGGACUGCACGAAACCGCAGGCAAUCCUAUUCUGCUACCGAUGUGGAAGGAAAGGCUAUUCCUUGCGCAGUUGCUUCACAUGCCGUACAGAUGCGGUAAACUAUCAGGCGGAGAACGAGCAGUAGAGGGGAGCAGCUCUCCGCAAAAUUUUGAGGACCCUUCGGACAUUCCAGAAUUUAAAAACCUCAACUCAGUAAUUAUUAAUCCCGGAAGCGACAAUCGUCCUCACGCUGUAAUCUCGGUGUUAGGUAAGGAGAUCACA